UUUCAUGAAAUCAAUAUCAUGUCGUGGCCAGAAAUAGAACCCAGCAUUCCCCAUCUCGCAUAUCUUCUGCUGUCGCUGUUCCUCAUUCUUUAUGCCCUUUUCUCUGAGCUGAUUCGAAACCGUGCUCAUCUAUCUGAACCACCACUGGCCACAUUCACAGGGAUUGCAUUUGGCCCUUAUGGAGCAAACCUGAUCGACCCUGCUGAGACGUGGGGAUGGGAGGACAACAUCACACAGGAGUUGGCUCGAAUCAUUGUGGGUGUGCAAUGCUUUGCCGUUGGUAUCGAGCUGCCAGCUGGCUAUGUCAAACGCCAUUGGAAGGCCAUUGCGGUACUUCUUGGACCUAACAUGAUAUUUGCAUGGAUGGUCUCGGCUUUGAUCAUCUUUGCUGUCCUUGACACAAAAUGGACCACCGCCAUGAUCAUCGGUGCCUGCUUGACACCUACUGAUCCUGUCCUGUCCGCCAGUGUCAUUGCUGAAGCCAAGUUUUCACAACGGGUGCCCAAGAGAAUUCGACAUCUACUGGCUGCCGAGUCAGGUUGCAAUGACGGCUCUGCAUUUCCUCUAAUCUACAUUGCAAUCUAUGCCGCCACAUCCAGCUCCCCCGCAGAUGGUGUCAAGCAGUGGUUUCUCAAUCUUCUGUUAUGGCAAUGUUUGAUGGGAAUACUCUUAGGUAUAAUCAUUGGCUUGGUUGCAAACAAGACAUUGCGCUUCAGCGAAGCGAGAGGAUUUGUCCAGGAGUCUACCCUCUUGGUCUUUUAUUUUCUCCUCGCCAUCUUUUGCGUUGCUGUUGGAAGUACACUAGGUCUGGACGAUUUUCUGGUAUGUUUCUCUGCCGGCGCUGCCUUCUGCUGGGACGGAUGGUUCUCGAGACGCACGGCAAGGAUGAAACUCCCCAGCAUCCUGGAUCUGAUGCUGAAUUCGGCUUUCUUUGUUUACUUUGGAGCCAUCAUUCCAUGGAAAACAUAUAGCGACAACCUAAAACUUGGCAAUAUGCUGCUUGUCGCUGUUCUCGUGUUGUCACUGAGACGACUGCCGGUGAUGAUUGCCACCAAACGAUUCAUUCCUGAAUUGAGAACAUAUCACGAGGCUAUUUUCACCGGCCAUUUUGGCCCGAUGGGUGUCGGCGCUUUGUUCCUCGCCAUUGAAGGGUUGGCGCGUCUCGAGACAGGCACUUCGGAACCAUUGCCUCACGUUCCUGAAAACCCACCACAUCAAGAAGCCUUGAAGACCAUAUGGCCCGUGGUCUGCUUCAUUGUGUUUUGCUCCAUCCUGGUCCAUGGGUUUUCGGCUAUUGUAAUGAGCUUGGUCGGACAUUUCCUCCGUCACCCAAAGGAGAGGGCGCCAUUAUUGGGUGGUGAACAAGAUCGUCUCCAUGGCAUGGCGGAAGAUUAUGGCUCGGUGGACUUGGGUGAGGAAGAUGAGUCGGAAGAUGAGAUGUGA